UUUUUUUUAGUUUUUGCUCCAAAUGUGACAAAAUAGAGUUGCUAUAUAAGUUGUAGAAAUCACCUCAAUAACUACACAUACUAAUUAACAUCCCAUCCUAGUUCCAAUUAAGUCAUUUUAUCCAAAUAUAUAUAUACAUAUAAAUGGAUAUUCUUAUGUCAAAUUGGUGCAAACCUGUGGAAGAAAUACCUGAAAAAUACAUAUUUUCAGUUGAAAAAAGGCCUGGUUCCCAUGAUUUCCCAGUGAUGAACAUCCCUCUCAUCGAUCUUCAAAAUCCCAAUCGCCCACAAAUCAUUCAACAGAUCUUUGAUGCAUGCCAAGAAUUUGGAAUCUUUCAGGUGAUCAACCAUGGGGUUCCGGCGAGCUUGAUGGAGGAGACGAUGAAGGCGAUGAAGGGAUUCUUUGCGACGUCGCCGGAGCACAAGUCCAGCUUCUACUCCACAGACAUGACAAAGAAAUGCAGACUCUACUCUAGCACCUUGAACUACCAAUCCGAAGACGUCCAUUAUUGGAGAGAUAAUCUCACUCACCAUUGUCAUCCUCUCCAACAUCACAUUCACCUGUGGCCACAAAAUCCUUCCAAUUAUAGAGAAGUUGUUGGGGAAUAUUCAAUUGAGACAAAGAAGCUGAUGCUGAGGAUUCUAGAAGCGAUAUCGGAAGGGCUAGGGCUGAAACCUAAAUAUUUCGACGGCGAGAUUAUCAAGAGUCAAGGGCUAUCAGUGAAUCAUCACAUUCCAUGCCCUGAUCCGAGCCUCACGCUCGGAAUGCCACUACAUACUGAUCCAAACCUUAUCACCACAUUGCAGCAGUGCUCCGUCCUGGGCCUCCAAGUCCUCCGCCACCACCAAUGGAUGGAUGUUGAGCCCAACCCCGCCGCGUUCCUCGUCAUCCCUGGCUUCCAACUCAAGGUGAUAAGCAAUGGGAGAUUUUCGAGCCCGGUUCAUAGAGUGGUGACGCAUUCGCGAGAGGCGAGGACGACGAUCGGGUCGUUCUUGAUUCCGUCGCCGGAGAUCGUUAUUGAGCCGGCGGAGGAGUACGCCGGCGACCGCCCCGUCUACAAAGGCUUCACUUAUGAAGAGUUUUUCAGCUGCUUCAUUAGGAGCAACUGUGAAGCUGAUGCUGCACUCGCCUUCUUCAAAAAUGAGACCAAUUCAAAAUCAACAACGUUGCUCUAAUGAAUUUCUCUUGUGUAUCAAAUCAAUAAAUCUUUAUUUUGUUUGUACAAGCUUUUGUGUGUGUGUGUGUGGGUGAAAUAGUUGCUUUGUUUAAUAAUGGGGAGUUGAAAUGUAUAGAAUCAAUAUUUUGGUGUGUGUUAA